CCGUGGGCGAACACACCCUGCAGGUCACCACUAAGGCUGUACAGUUCAUGUUUCAGGUUGAUGGAUCGCACGCAGCAGAAACCGAUCGGCACUGACCCCUUUGGACCCAGAGUGCAACCUGGACCCUGCAUGUCGAUCGCAGUCGGUCCGGCUUUACCUCCACAGUUCACGAUCCAGGAAGCACCUCUCAUCAGCCAAUCAGAGGAGCUCAAGAAACAGCCUGGAUUGAGCAUCAUGCAGGCUGCAGCUGCACCUGUAAAAGUGACAGACCAAAUGCAGUCUGGAACCACCCCAGCAACACUGGUGAGCAUAAGCCGGCCGAGACCGACUGCUCUCGGAACUAAACCGGCUCCAAAAUCGACCAGAAUCUCCGUGGACCCCUCCAAGGAAAUAGAUUUAAUCCCAGUUUGUAUCCCAGGACCUCAGAGUGCCAACGUCCUGUCACAUUCCCCGACAGAGACCUCCAUCUGGCGCCACAGUCCUCAGAGUCCCCGCAGCCCUCAGUCUUACACCAGCCAGCCUUACCUGAGCCCUAAUCCUGGCCUCCCUUCGAGUCUAAACCCAAAACCCAGUCUCAGUCCUCAGCCUCAGAGGGCCCCCUCCACCGGGAGCUCCACACAGAAACAAGUGCAGUCUGAGAAGCCAGCUGGAGAAAACAAUGACUUCAGGGUGUACAUUGUCACAUGGAACGUGGGAUCGGCUGUCCCUCCAGAUGACAUCACCUCUCUGUUUGGACCAAAUGUUUCCGAUGGGAGCGUUGACAUGUUCAUCAUCGGACUCCAGGAAGUCAACUCCAUGAUAAACAAGCGACUGAAGGAUGCUAUUUUCUCAGAUCAGUGGAGUGAGCUCUGCAUGGACAAGCUGAGUCCUUUUGGAUAUGUUUUGGUGGCAUCCCAGCGUAUGCAGGGAGUGUUGCUGCUGGUUUUCUCUAAAUUCUGCCAUCUCCCAUUCCUCCGAGGGGUACAGACUGAGAGUACACGCACAGGGCUCGGGGGAUAUUGGGGGAAUAAAGGGGGCGUCAGCGCGAGGAUGACAGUGUUUGGCCACCCAGUGUGCUUUCUCAACUGUCACCUGCCAGCUCACAUGAGGAACCUGGAACAGCGGAUGGAGGACUUUGAAAGCAUCCUGCAGCAGCAGCAGUUUGAAGGAGGCACUGCCACUGGUGUGCUGGACCACGAUGUCGUUUUUUGGUUUGGGGAUUUAAAUUUCCGUAUUGAAGACUAUGACAUCCAUGUGGUCAAAUGUGCCAUCGACAGCAAUAAACUGCCAUUUCUGUGGGAGCGAGAUCAGCUCAACAUGGCUAAACACACAGAGUCCAUCCUUGAGGGCUUCAUUGAGGGACCACUCAAAUUCCCACCCACCUAUAAGUUUGAUGUAGGCACUCACACUUACGACACCAGUGCAAAAAAGAGGAAACCUGCCUGGACAGAUCGCAUCCUCUGGCGCCCUCGUCGUACCGGCUCCACAGUGCCUACCCACAAUGCAGCGCUGCAGCGGGGUCUGACCUCGUGGUUAGGUGGGGCGACUAAAGUGACACAGCAUGUGUACCGAAGUCACAUGGGCUACACCAUCAGCGACCACAAGCCCGUUUCUGCCCUAUUCUCGCUGCAUUUCCCAUUCAAGGUGGAUAUGCCCCUGGUGGAGCUGCAGGUAGACAAGGAAUGGUGUAAAGUCUCAGACGCUACAGUCAGAUUCACUGUUGCAUUGACUUAUCAGCGCAGCUCAUGGGACUGGGUAGCAAUAUACAAGGUUGGAUUCAGACAUCACAAAGAUUACCAGGCGUACAUAUGGGCCAAGGGAGAGCAUGUCUCACAGGUGACAUUUUCAGAGGAGGAUUUGCCGAGAGAUGACUGUGAAUACAUCCUGGGUUACUACAGUAAUAAUAUGAACACCAUUGUUGGACUGUCAACGCCAAUUCAGAUCAACAUUCCAGUCCACAGCCCCACCGCGCAUCGCUCAGACUGCUCAGACGCCAGCUCGGAAGACGACAGCACUCUGGUUCUGCUGGUUCCAAACUCCCGCAGCCCGAGCCCUCAAAUCGGAAAACAAAACCAUCGCCAUCGUCGCAGCCGCAGCCCGGCUGUUUCUGCUCUUUCCACCAACCCCCUCCCCUCCCUGCAGGGCCUCAGCCUCUGCCCUCGCUCUAAAGAAUGCCGGUCUUGCAGCCGCUCUCCUUCGAAGAUGGAGCGGCUGGUCUCCCCGGACCCCGUGGUGUCCCCCGUCAACCACCCUCUCAGUCCCCGCAGCCCCGUGUCUCCAGGCGGCGGGGUGACUGCACCGGAGGCCUUGAUCGCUGCCAUCUUGGGUGAACACAGACCAGCUCAGAUUAGCCCCACGGGGGCCAAAUCGAUAAGGAAGACGGGGGAAACAGACACUGCAUAGAAUAAACCCAACAAUAGCUAAAAGGAGGUGCAGUGCAAGGAGAGCAACGGCGAUAUCCAUGCAUUAAGUGUCUGACCCCACUCCACAUCGUAGCCAUGCAGUUCUGUUUCUGAAUCUACCAUCAUGGCAUACACGAUGUGUAUCUUGGAGUCAAAGAUGUGUCCAGACUCCCGACGCCAAGUGCUUUAAUAGACUUAUAAGCUACAUCAUACGUAAACAAACCUAUUGAAUGUGAACCCAAAAUCGCACUAAAACCUGUGACGGAUGUGAACAGUGAUUACUGACAGCAAUAUGGAUCCACGUAGACAGUCUCAUAUCAAAAUAAGGACCCUGGACCAGACGUAUUGACGGUGUCAUAGUUCAUAAGAGAGAGAGAGAGCAAAUGUGUUAAAAUAAAUGUGUGAUGAUGGUAAACUCUACAGUUCUUUGUCUGUAUUCAUGAAAUGAAUAUAAUGUAUAAAAGAACAGCGAUAGAGCAUUUCACCACCUCAGUCAAUCUGAAAUGUACAUGUGUCGGUGUGACUUGAACAGUACAUCUUAGAACGAUGCUCUUUUUCUCAGCAGCGGUUCUAUGGGGAGCAGUGAGUGGGUGUUCAGGCUAAUGUGUUUGUUUUGCCUCAAG